GCUGCCGUAAGAGGAACUGCGGCGGGAGUCGGGGUGAGGAGCAGGAGCGCGGCCAUGCCCGAGCCGCCCCCGAGAGCCCCCUGACGCCGCACCCCCGUCACGGCCCACUCGGGUGCACCCCCACCCCGGCAGCUCAGACACCAACUCUCAGCAUGGGCAGCAAGGAGCGCUUCCACUGGCAGAGCCACAACGUGAAGCAGAGCGGCGUGGACGACAUGGUGCUGCUGCCCCAGAUCAGCGAGGACGCCAUCUCGGCCAACCUGCGCAAGCGCUUCCUGGACGACUACAUCUUCACCUACAUCGGCUCGGUGCUCAUCUCUGUAAACCCCUUCAAGCAGAUGCCCUACUUCACUGACCGCGAGAUCGACCUCUACCAGGGCGCGGCCCAGUAUGAGAACCCCCCGCACAUCUACGCCCUCACGGACAACAUGUACCGGAACAUGCUCAUCGACUGCGAGAACCAGUGUGUCAUCAUCAGUGGAGAGAGUGGAGCUGGGAAGACGGUGGCAGCGAAAUACAUCAUGGGCUACAUCUCCAAGGUGUCCGGCGGGGGAGAGAAAGUCCAGCACGUCAAAGACAUCAUCCUGCAGUCAAACCCGCUGCUCGAGGCCUUCGGCAACGCCAAGACCGUGCGCAACAACAAUUCCAGCCGCUUCGGCAAGUAUUUCGAGAUCCAGUUCAGCCGAGGCGGGGAGCCGGAUGGAGGCAAGAUCUCCAACUUCUUGCUGGAGAAGUCCCGAGUGGUGAUGCAGAAUGAAAGCGAAAGGAACUUCCACAUCUACUACCAGCUGCUGGAAGGCGCCUCCCACGAACAGCGGCAGAACCUGGGGCUCAUGACUCCCGACUACUAUUACUACCUCAACCAGUCGGACACCUACAAGGUGGACGGCACCGACGACAGGAGUGACUUCGGUGAGACUCUGGGCGCCAUGCAGGUCAUCGGGAUCCCGCCCAACGUCCAGCAGCUGGUCCUGCAGCUGGUGGCGGGGAUCUUGCACCUGGGGAACAUCAGCUUCUGCGAAGACGGGAAUUACGCGCGGGUGGAGAGUGUGGACCUCCUGGCCUUCCCCGCCUACCUGCUGGGCGUGGACAGCGGGCGGCUGCAGGAGAAGCUGACCAGCCGCAAGAUGGACAGUCGCUGGGGCGGGCGCAGCGAGUCCAUCGACGUCACCCUCAACGUGGAGCAGGCGGCCUACACCCGCGACGCCCUGGCCAAGGGCCUCUACUCCCGCCUCUUCGACUUCCUUGUGGAGGCCAUCAACCGUGCAAUGCAGAAGCCGCAGGAAGAGUACAGCAUCGGCGUGCUGGACAUCUACGGCUUUGAGAUCUUCCAGAAAAACGGCUUCGAGCAGUUCUGCAUCAACUUCGUCAACGAGAAGCUGCAGCAAAUCUUUAUCGAGCUCACCCUGAAGGCCGAGCAGGAGGAGUACGUCCAGGAGGGCAUCCGCUGGACUCCCAUCCAGUACUUCAACAACAAAGUCGUCUGCGACCUCAUCGAGAACAAGCUGAGCCCGCCGGGCAUCAUGAGCGUUCUGGACGACGUGUGCGCCACCAUGCACGCCACGGGCGGCGGCGCCGACCAGACGCUGCUGCAGAAGCUGCAGGCGGCCGUGGGCACCCACGAGCACUUCAACAGCUGGAGCGGCGGCUUCGUCAUCCACCACUACGCCGGCAAGGUCUCCUACGACGUCAGCGGCUUCUGCGAGAGGAACAGAGACGUCCUCUUCUCCGACCUCAUAGAGCUGAUGCAGAGCAGCGAACACGCCUUCCUCCGGAUGCUCUUUCCCGAAAAGCUGGAUGUGGACAAGAAGGGCCGCCCCAGCACCGCGGGCUCCAAGAUCAAGAAACAAGCCAACGACCUGGUGACCACCCUGAAGCGCUGCACGCCCCACUACAUCCGCUGCAUCAAGCCCAACGAGACCAAGAGGCCGAGGGACUGGGAGGAGAACAGGGUCAAGCACCAGGUGGAGUACCUGGGACUCAAGGAGAACAUCAGGGUGCGCAGGGCUGGCUUCGCCUACCGCCGCCAGUUCUCCAAGUUCCUGCAGAGGUAUGCCAUCCUGACCCCCGAGACGUGGCCGCGGUGGCGUGGGGACGAACGUCAGGGUGUCCAGCACCUGCUUCGGGCGGUCAACAUGGAACCCGACCAGUACCAGAUGGGCAGCACCAAGGUGUUCGUCAAGAACCCGGAGUCGCUUUUCCUCCUGGAGGAGAUGCGAGAGCGAAAGUUCGACGGCUUCGCCCGCACCAUCCAGAAGGCCUGGCGGCGCCACGUGGCAGUCCGGAAGUACGAAGAGAUGCGAGAGGAAGCUUGCAACAUCCUGCUCAACAAGAAGGAGCGGAGGAGGAACAGCAUCAACCGGAACUUCGUUGGGGACUACCUGGGGCUGGAGGAGCGGCCGGAACUGCGCCAGUUCCUGGGCAAGAGGGAGCGGGUGGACUUUGCCGACUCGGUCACCAAGUAUGACCGUCGCUUCAAGCCCAUCAAACGGGACUUGAUCCUGACACCCAAGUGCGUGUAUGUGAUUGGGCGAGAGAAGGUGAAGAAGGGACCCGAGAAGGGCCAGGUGCGUGAAGUCUUGAAAAAGAAAUUGGAGAUCCAGGCCCUGCGGGGAGUCUCCCUCAGCACGCGGCAGGACGACUUCUUCAUCCUGCAAGAGGACGCCGCCGACAGCUUCCUGGAGAGCGUCUUCAAGACCGAGUUCGUCAGCCUGCUGUGCAAGCGCUUCGAGGAGGCGGCGCGGAGGCCCCUGCCUCUCACCUUCGGCGACACACUACAGUUCCGGGUGAAGAAGGAAGGCUGGGGCGGAGGCGGCACCCGCAGCAUCACCUUCACCCGCGGCUCUGGCGAGGUGCCGGUGCUCAAGGCCGGCGGCCGAACCCUCACGGUCAGCGUGGGGGACGGGCUGCCCAAGAGCUCCAAGCCUACGCGGAAGGGAAUGGCCCAGAGAAGACCCCGAGGGUCGGCCCCCGCCCCUACCCGGGCGGCUCCCGGGCCCCCCAGAGGCUUGGACCGCAAUGGGGUGCCCCCCUCUGCCAGAAGGGGCCCCCUGCCCCUGGAGAUCACAUCUGGAGGGGGCUCCCGGAGGCCUCCCCAGGCCCUUCCGUCCUCAAACCUGGGGGCCAGCAGACGCCAGAGGGCACAGCAGCCCUCACAGCGCAACACAGAAUUCCUCAAUGUGCCUGACCAGGGCAUGGCCGGCAUGCAGAGGAAGCUCAGCGUGGGGCAGCGACCCGUCCCCGGCGUGGGCCGACCCAAGCCCCAGCCUCGGACACAUGGCCCCAGGUGCCGGGCACUUUACCAAUAUGUGGGCCAAGAUGUGGAUGAGCUGAGCUUCAAUGUGAACGAAGUCAUCGAGAUCCUCAUGGAAGACCCCUCGGGCUGGUGGAAGGGCCGGCUGCACGGCCAAGAGGGCCUCUUCCCCGGAAACUACGUGGAGAAGAUCUGAGCUGGGGACCUGGGAUUCUGCCCUCCCGCACGCCCGCCCACCUGCCAGGGAGCCAGGCCCUGCCUUCAGGAGCCUCGUUUAUCAUGGCUGCGUUCGCCUGAAAGUCCAGUCCUGUGGCAUCCAGCCCAGCCCAGGCCCUCCCCAGGGCCCCGGUCUCACCAACGUCACACCCAUUGCCCAAGUCUCCGUGUCUUCACGUGUUCAAACGGAGCUACCAGCAGAAUCUACCUCCCAGCUGCUCUGUGAUUAUGAAAUGAAUCGUGUCCUGCGCUGUUGGCAAAGUGCCAAGCACAGUCGGGGGGUGUCCUGGACAAGCGUGACUUUGCUCCUUUUCUCGUCACUGAGGCAAUAAACGUUUGCCGGGUGAAAGCGUGAGUUAGCCUGAGUGCCUGGCGACACUCUCACAACCCUGUGAGGCAGGAAGCACGAAUGUUCCCAUUUCACAGGUGGAAACAUGGUCAGGACUUAAUGUGACAUUUGAUGGCCCAGGACGGACAUCCUCAGCCCCUCAGAAAGAAGACAGUUUGGGAGAGAAGGAGACAGACUGGUGGGGACAGGAGCAGGGGCUCAGCACUGAGCUAGAGAAGGGACAGCCCCUUUUGGUGCUCAACAGCCCUUUUUAUGGUCAAUCAUUAUGUGGAUGGAGAAAAAUCCUAACUCUGAAAUCAUUUAAAGAGAUUUAUUCUGA